AUGGAAUAUGAUAAACUUAUGGGUAAUUUUAAGAAGGCUUUAAAUUAUUCAAUAGACGAUAAUGAUCAAAAGAAUUUAAAUGAUAUUAUUUUAUCUUACAUUGCUAAAAAGGAAGAAAAACGUAAAAAUGAAGCUCGUUUAGCAAGUAUUGAAAGCCAAACUUCAAAUAAUAUGAGAUUAAGAGAUGGUCGUAUAUAUAAUGUUGAAAGUAUUAAGGAUCCAAUAAUUCAUAAGGGUAAAGGUAAACCUCUUUCUAAACGUUUGAAAGCUUCUAAUGAAGAAAACAGUAAAGUAAAUAGUAGGAAAAUUCUUAAGGUUAAUAAUGGUAACGAGGUUGAAGUAACAGGUGAACGUAAAUGUCGCUUAUAUCAAGAAAUUAGACAUUAUGCACCAAAGUGUCUCAAUAAAGGUUUUAAUAAAGAAAACUAG